AUGGAACACCAGUGUGCCCCCAAAGUUUGUCAUCAUCGAAGAUUGGACUUCCCAUGGCAUAGUGGGAAAGUCCUGGAGCAGCUAAACCAGCAGCGCCAGAUGGGCCUGCUGUGUGACUGCACCUUCGUGGUGGAUGGUGAUUUCAAGGCCCACAAAGCGGUUCUGGCGGCCUGUAGUUCCUACUUCCGCACCCUGUUCAUCGACCAGAACGACGUGGUGCAUCUGGACAUCAGCAAUGCUGCAGGUUUGGGCCAGGUUCUGGAAUUCAUGUACACAGCUAAGCUCAGCCUCAGCUGUCAGAACAUGGAGGACGUGUUGGCUGUGGCCAACUUCCUCCAGAUGCAGGAAGUGGUCAACGCUUGUUCCGCCUACCAGUCGGUCACAGCUCCCGUACCUUCGCUCAUAGCAGAUUUCUCUGCAGAAUCCCAGUGGAGCCGUUCGGGGGGGUCGGUGUACAUGAGCUCCAGGGGCCGGAGAAUCAGGAGAGCUCCUCGCCGAAACUUCCCACCCGGUGAGGACCCCCACCGAGGGAGCUUCACACACAACACAUUGAAUACAAGUGAGGUUUUGUCUCCCCCCUGCAGCCCUCUGAAGCCAUACUGCUGCUCACGUGUGGGAAGAGCUUACGGCAGAUCAGCACUGCUCAACCUGCACCGCAAGCGGCACACGGGAGAGGCGCGCUACAGCUGCGGCGGUGUGCGGAAGCUCUUCAACCACGUCGGGCAACAUGAAGCGCCACCACUGGUGCACAGCGGCGAGAAGCCGUACAACUGCGACUUCUGCGACAAGGCCUUCUCCGACCCACCCGCCAAGAUGAGGCACCUGGAGACCCACGACACGGACAAGGGGAACAAAUGCCCGCACUGUGACAAGCGCUUCAAUCAGAUGGGGAAUCUGAAGGCUCAUUUAAAGAUCCACAUAGCUGACGGCCCUCUCAAAUGCAGAGAGUGUGGGAAACAGUUUACAACUUCAGGAAACCUGAAGCGUCACCUGCGCGUGCACAGUGGCGAGAAGCCCUACAUCUGCAUGCACUGCAAGCGGGCCUUCGCCGACCCAGGAGCGCUGCAACGGCACGAACGAAUACACACAGGGGAGAAGCCCUGCCUCUGCCUGGUGUGUGGGAAGUCCUUCACCCAGGCCAGCUCCCUCAUCGCCCACUCCGCCAGCAACACGGGAGAGAAGCCCUACGUCUGCGACCGCUGCGGGAAGAGGUUCGUCCAGUCCAGCCAACUGGCCAAUCACAUUCGUCACCAUGACAACGUCCGUCCACACAAGUGUAAUAUGUGCAAUAAGGCAUUUGUCAACGGGGGAGACCUGUCCAAGCACAUCAUCAUCCACACAGGAGAGAAGCCGUACCUGUGCGACAAAUGCGGCCGCGGGUUCAACCGCGUGGACAACCUGCGCUCCCACGUGCGCACCGUGCACCAGGGCAAGGCGGGCAUGAAGAGGCUGGUGCUGGCCGGCAGCUCGGACGAGGCCAUCGACGGCCUGGACGACAUGGUCACCUCGGGGGAGGUCAACAUCGUCACGGUGACCACGGAGGACAUCGUGGCGCUGGCGGCCAGCACCGUGGCUCAACUCACAGUGGUUCCGGUGACUACUUCUGUGUCAACAGAUGACACCGAAGCCCUCAAAGCAGAGAUCACCAAGGCUGUGGAGAAAGUGCAGGAAGCGGACCCCAACACGCAGAUCCUGUACGCGUGCGACUCGUGCGGCGACAAGUUCCUCGACGCCAACUCGCUGGCCCAGCACGUCCGCAUCCACACGGCCCAGGCCCUGGUCAUGUUCCAGGCGGACGGAGACUACUACCAGUACACCGGAGGGGGACGAGGGGCCGCCACGUGGCAGUCGGCCCCACAGCACGUCAUCCAGGAGGGGGAGGUGCUGUACCGCACUCAGGAGGCGGGAAGAGAGGGCGACGAGGAGGGCCAGGAGCAAGAGGAGGAGGAGGAGGAGGAAGGAGGAGAGGGAGGGGAUGGAGGGAUGGAAAGACUAUGCCUGCGGAGGAGGUGGAGGAGCAGGAGGAGCAGGAGGAGGAGGGGACAGAGGGGAAGUGAAGGGGAGGCGGUGGGCCAUACGGACGCUCCUUUGGGGUUAGAUGUUGAGGCUGUGGCGGAAGGGGAAGUCGAUGCUUCGGAGGUUAAGGUGAAGACGGAAGCAGAGCUGGAGGGGGAUGUCAUGGUGACGGUGUAAACGAGUCACGUUCUAACAGGCGUGUGGCUCAGUGACACACCUGUCCUUCUGGGGUACGGACUGAGGAGAGUUUAAAUAAUUUAUGAACGAAGAAAAAACUAUAUUGACGAUACAUUUUUAUUAAAGAAAUGUAUUUUACUUUAAGUAAUUUAUCUAUGGCUUGAGAGAUAAUGUUUCUCCACCAUGGGUUCUACAGGUAAACUGCGUCUGAGCAUCAUUUGUAAGGUCACCAGUGUCGGUGAAUAGUACUAAAUGAAUGAAUGCACUAAAAUGAAUGGCUCAUAAACCGUCCAAAUGAAAUGUGUACAUUGUCAUUAUAUUUUACUAAGUUGUAUUUUCAUGAAAGACUAUUGUACAGCGUUGUAGAACUAUUGUGGCUAACAUGUCUGUGUCAAUAGAUUUGUUUUUGUAUGCAUGAGCUGGAAGAUGCUCACAUAUUGGCAGGAAAUGUAUAUUAUGUGCAUGAUAAAUCUUUGUCAUGUCUAAUUUUUUUUUUUUGUUGAGUUAACGUUGUAAAUCCAUGACAAAACUCAAUAAUUGAGGGUAUAAUGGUGAUAAUUUGCCGUCCUUUAGUUUAAUUGAAUGACGUUUAUUGUACUGGACGAGCUUAAAUAGUAUAAUGUUAAUAGUGGGAAAAUACUGCUUAAACUGAUUCACAACAUACCAAUAACAUUGUUGCCAGUGUUUAAUAAACUCUGUUCAUUAGAGUAAAUAAGCACAACACGUUGUUACAAUGCUAAUUAAAUGCAGAUAUCAAAUGCAUUGUAAAGCGUACUUGUUUACAUCAUAAAACAAAACCGAACGACUGCAGACGAAUAAAAUAAUGUAGAUGAA